CCCAUACUGGGGAGUGCGACGCGGCCGGCGCCGCAGCGGAGUUGCGAGUCGGCGAAAGCGGCGGGAAGUUCGUACUGGGAAGAAGGAGACGGUUCUGCGGCUCGAGUGAAAAUGCCUCGUGUUAAAGCGGCUCAGGCUGGAAGACAGGGCCCCGCGAAGAGGCGUCUCGCAGAAGACUUCGCAGCCGGGGAGGUCGUCACCGACAUGUCCAAGAAGGAGUGGAAGCUCGGACUGCCCAUCGGCCAAGGCGGCUUUGGUUGCAUAUAUCUUGCUGAUAAGAAUUCUUCAAAAUCAGUGGGCAGCGAUGCACCCUAUGUUGUAAAAGUGGAGCCCAGUGAAAACGGACCCCUGUUUACGGAGCUGAAGUUCUACCAGCGAGCUGCCAAACCAGAGCAAAUUCAGAAAUGGAUCCGUACCCAUAAACUGAAAUACCUGGGUGUUCCUAAGUAUUGGGGAUCUGGUCUACAUGAUAAAAAUGGAAAAAGUUACAGGUUUAUGAUAAUGGAUCGCUUUGGGAGUGACCUUCAGAAAAUAUAUGAAGCCAAUGCCAAAAGGUUUUCUCGGAAAACUGUCUUGCAGCUAAGCUUAAGAAUUCUGGAUAUUCUGGAAUAUAUUCACGAGCACGAGUAUGUACACGGAGAUAUCAAGGCCUCAAAUCUUCUCCUGAGCUGCAAGAAUCCUGAUCAGGUGUACCUGGUAGAUUAUGGCCUUGCUUACCGGUACUGCCCGGAAGGAGUUCAUAAAGAAUACAAGGAAGACCCGAAAAGAUGUCACGACGGCACCCUCGAGUUCACCAGCAUCGACGCACACAACGGCGUGGCCCCAUCCAGACGUGGCGACUUGGAAAUACUUGGUUAUUGUAUGAUCCAGUGGCUUAGUGGCCAUCUUCCGUGGGAGGAUAAUUUGAAAGACCCUAACUAUGUUAGAGAUUCCAAAAUUAGAUACAGAGACAAUAUUGCAAGUCUGAUGGACAAAUGUUUUCCUGGGAAAAACAAGCCAGAUGAAAUUGCUAAAUACAUGGAGACAGUGAGGUUACUGGACUAUGACGAGAAGCCUCUUUAUCAGAACUUACAAGACAUUCUUUUGCAAGGACUGAGGUCCGUGGGAAGCAGGGACGACGGCAGACUGGAACUCGGCAUUUCGGAGAACGGAGGCCUGAAAGCGAAAGCGGGAACAAAGCAGCGGAAGAGGGACAUUGAGAAAAGCACAGAAGCCGGCGUGGAGGACAUGGAGGGCACAGACACACAGAUGGAGGAGGGCGUGCAGACCCGUUCCAGAGGGAGAAAGAGAGUCCAGAAGUAAAUUACAUGCUGUGAACCUGUUUUCUAUUUUUUCUUUCGUUUGACUUUUUCUUUUUCUACUUGAAGUGUUUUCAUGUGAGUCUUGUGGGGGGAGGGUGACAGGGAAAGGCCUGUGUCUCUGAAAAACCAUUUUUUUUUAUUAAAGUAAAUGCUUAAUACAGUUUAUUAAAUACUUCAAUAAAUACUUUAAUACAAUUUAUUAAAGGCUAACUUAUAAAAUUUCAGAAUCUGCAGGUUAUACAUACUCUCUAAGCUGUCCCCCUUGGUGUGAAAGGUUCUGGAAAGGUAUAGGAAAUGACUGUGACCUGUACUUCCCAUUCGCUGUGUAUUUCCCAGACAAUGUAACCUGCUUGACCAAGGCCUGCCUUUUAAGGAAAUACAAAGCUUAAAAUAAAGGUGUCUUUUUGCUUGAUACAAACACACA